AUGAGCGCAGAGUUGUUCUCGUUAACAUAUGGUGCACUCGUUACCGAGAUGUUGCGAGAUUAUGAAGAUCCAAAACAAGUGAAUAUGCGAUUAGAUAAAAUUGGUUUCAACAUGGGAACGCGACUAGCUGAUGAUUUUCUUGCGAAAAAUGCACAUGUGCCGAAAUGUACGGAUUGUCGGCAAAUAGCUGAUGUGCUGUCGAAGAAUGCUAUUCCUACAUAUCUAGGUGUGCCUGCUACAGUUACGAAUUGGGGUGGGGGUGACCGAGAAUUUUCCCUUAUCAUUGAAAACAACCCGUUGACAGAGCUUGUCGAGGUUCCUGCCUCGCUGUCAACUUUGAACUAUUCUCAAAUAAUAGCUGGUGCCAUCCGAGGAGGUCUAGAAGCUUUACACUUCAAGGUAUAUUCAAGCGUCAUUGAAAAUCCUUCAAACACUGAGAUCAAAAUCAAGUUCGACCAGAUUUUGAGGGAUAAUUUACCUGCUGGUGAAGAAGAUUAA